ACCGUACACACAGAUUCCAAUACAAAUCUUGAAAGAGAGAAAGAGAGAGGAUGGUAUCGUGGCUGAUGACAAUCAAGGCGGUGCUAAUAUCUACCGGCGUCGCCUCCGUCGGACUUUUACUCAAGGUCUCUGUUCCAGUGGCUGUCGAUUUCUCCGUGUCGCAAGCUCCGAUACUGUGGAGUUCUUUGCUGUCGUGGCUGAAACCGCCGUAUCUCUACAUACUAACCAACGGAAUCAUCAUCACUAUCGUGGCUUCGUCCAAGUAUUACCGAAGUACUAGCCACCAUGAAGAGGAAGAUGGUGGAAUCGUUUACGAUUAUAAGAUCCAGACGGAGCCGAUUGUGCAUGACCAAGCUUCUCCGCGGAUGCUGGAGGAGGUGACUGAUGCUCAAUUCGGUUUUGCAGUGGUGGCUCCGCAACUGGAAGGGGAGGCGGUUAUUUCGGUUGUGUAUGACGAAGAGAAGAUAAUAGAUGUGGUGACUAUGGUGGAAGGUGAAGAUGAAAUCGAAUCAGAACUUAAGAGCGUGACUAUGGUGGAAGGUUCUGAUUUUGUCGGUGACGAUGUGAUGUUGCCGCUGGUGAAUUUAAAUCGGAAUCAUUUGCCUCCGAGGAUGAAUGAAUCGGAGAAUCUCCCUCCGACUGAGAAACCUUUAGUUUCUUCAAGGUUCGGCCACCGGAAAUUAGUUAAAGCUAGUCAAGAAGGUGGAAAAUCGAUGUUGAGGGUGGCGAAGCCGAAGCGGAACGAAACACUGGAGAAUACUUGGAAGAUGAUAACUGAAGGGAAGUCAACGCCGUUGACCAGACCGUUAUACAGGAGAUCCGACACAUUUAGCCGUGGAGAUUCCGGCGGUAGCGGCGAGGCGAGACCGGUUUACAAGAAAUCGGAGACGUUUAGGGACAGGACUAACUAUUACCAGUCUCAGGAAAAGGCGAAAGGGAAGGUGAGGAAAGAGCCGUCACUGAGUCAGGACGAGUUGAAUCGGCGAGUUGAGGCGUUUAUCAAGAAGUUUAACGAGGAUAUGAAGUUACAGAGAAUGGAGUCACUGAGACAGUACCAAGAGAUAACUGGUCGUGGGGUUUAGCUCUCUUUUUUUAUUUGAAAAAGAGUUUAGCUACUUUUUUAUAAAUCUUUAUUGUUUGAACACAAGGAAAAACAAGACUAAUUAAAUAGGUGAUAUAAAGUCAUCGUGGUCUUUUUUUACCAAAAGAAAAAAGAAAAAAAGAAAAAAAAAUGUCAUAGUGAAAAAAUAUGUUCACCAAUUUGUGAAGCUUAAAGUUAGGAUUACACAAGCUUUUCGUUUGUUGAUGUUGUUGUUGUUGUGUGUAUAAUUUUAGUUAGCUAUACAUUUGGCUUUUGCGAAUAUUCAGCUAUACAUAUAUCAAAUAGCUUUGGAUGUAUUGUAGUGUACAAUAAAGAGUAUAGGCCUAACCACACACACGAGCUUUGUCUGUGUAACUUACAUGGAUAAUUAAUGUGAUUACUGGCCAAAUUAACAUGGUGUAAUGUAGAUUGAUGUGAUAAAUGGUCAUGUUAAU